GGCACCUCCACCUGACAGCUGAGCCCCACAUCAAGCGCUCGCUGCCUACCUCCACUCCUCUCACCCACAUGGAUUUCUCCGCCGGCGGCGGCAGGGGCGGCCGCGGCGAGCCGGCCCGGUGGCUGGAGAUCGCCGGGAAGCUCCUCGCCGCGCGGGACCUGGUCGGAUGCAAGCGCCUGGCGGAGCGCGCGGUGGAGGCGGACCCGAAUCUCCCGGGUGCCGACGAGCUCCUCGCCGUCGCCGACGUCCUUCUCGCCUCCCAGCGCCAGCUCCCCUCCGGCCGCGCCGAUCCGGUCGCCGUCCUACAGCUCCAGCCCUGCCCCGACCCCGCCGCCGUCAAGCGUGCCUUUGGCCGCCUCUCCCAGCUCGUGUCCGCCCCGCGUAACCCCCGUCCCGCCGCGGACACCGCCCUCCACUUCGUCCAAGAAGCCUUCGCUGAUCUCUCCAAGAACGCCUCCAGCGAUACGGCUCCUGCUACUGCUUCUACUCCUCCUGCUUCAGGGGGUGCCUCGGCGGCCGCGGCCGAUGCCGAUGCGUUCUGGACGGCGUGCCCCUACUGCUGCCACGUCUACGAGUACCAGCGCGCGCUGGUGGGGCGCGCGCUCAGGUGCCAGAGCGCCGGGUGCCGGCGCGCGUUCGUGGCCACCGAGAUCCCGACCGUGCCGCCUAUUGUGCCGGGCACCGACAUGUACUACUGCGCGUGGGGUUUCUUCCCCAUGGGCUUCCCUAAGGCAGCUGAUUUGAGCACCAACUGGAGGCCAUUUUGCCCCAUGUUUCCCGGGAAUUUUCAAUCUCCGCCGCAGCCAGCAUCUGCAAGAGCUGCCAAGGUUGAUCACAUCAAUGUUCAAUCUCCGCUGCAGCCAGCAUCUGCAGGGGCUGCCAAUCUUGAUUCCAGGAAUUUUCAAUCUCCGCCGCAGACGGCAACUGCUGGGACUGCCAAUGUUGAUGUACAAAAUGUUGAGAAUAAUGGCAUACCUAUUAAUGCCAAUGCAACACAAGCAAAUGUGCAGCCAGCAAAUAAGAGUGGUGUCCGUGGCAGUCCAGCAGGGCCAUCUAGAGGUAGGAUGAAGAAGACAACAGCCCGCAAGAAGGUUGGUGCCGUUCUUAAGAAGCACGCUUCCAGUGGGGUGGAAAGUGGCAUUGAGCCAUCUAUGCUUGGGUCGGAUUCAUGGAAUGGGAAUGCAGGUAGUGGUAGUGCACAGACAGCGGGUACUAGAGAGAUCAACAUAAAUGAGGUGGCAAAGCCAACUGAUGGAGCCACAGUGCUGAAUUUUGGUGGGGAUGAGGACAUUGGGUUUGAUUUGGAUGUUGAUGCAACAGAUGCCAUAUUGGGAAAUUUACAGCACCUGCCAUUCUUGAGGGAGGAUGACAAUACCAGAAGAAUGUUUUAGUUGUCGAUGUGCUCAGUGUAGGUAUUCCGUAGAUGUGGUGUAUAUUGUGCUGUUGAAGGAAAUCCUACAUAGUCCGAUCCUUCAAUGCUGCCCUUGCUGUUAUUGCAACUAUUUCUUAUUUUUAUUCUGUGUUCCGUAGUUAUCUACCUUGGUUCAGCUAGCUGGUGAUCUCUUGUAGCAUCUGGAUCAGUACUAUUUACAAAUCUAUAGUCUAGAUUAUCCCAAAUUAGUUGGGGGAUGUGUAAUAUUUGCCACCUGCAGAUUGACUUAAGGAGAUAACUGGUUGAGCAAAUAAUGCUUUCUGCAUGGUUGAUUGGUGAGGCUAUUAGUUAAGGGUUUAUAAUGCAACAGAGGCCACAUGGAGUGCUGGCAGAUAAAUGCUGAUGAAAAUAAUAUCUCAAUCAGAAAAGCUCUAUGCAGUCAGUUGAUUGCCUUCACCAGUCACCAAAGGAGCUAAAUAACAGAAGUGGCAUGGUUCAGUUUAGGGCACGUCAGUGGCUUGUAACCUAUGAUUCUUUCUUUGAUUUGUUUUGCCAAGCUUGCCUGAAAUAACAGGAGUUAUCUGUUGUUGGCUGCGGCUGGGUGGCGGGUUGGGGGAAGUAGGAGGAAAGGAAGCUGAUGUUUGCCUAUUUUAUCUUGAUCCAGCGUCACAUGAAUCGUGUGGUUUUAGCAUCUGAAUAACUCGAAUUUUCAUGAGCUUUAUUCAUAUGUAUCGAGAGAUUAUUAGGUACCAAUUUUAGUUGAAUAUGUGUGCUUCAUAUCU